CCCUCUAACGCACUGGCGUCAUUCUGUUCCGUCGGUUCCUACGUGUUCAAUUUACAGUGAAAUUUGUCACUCGCGCGAUUCCCAUCGACGUCGUCUCACGCUCGCCUGGAUCGCCAGCAAGCCCUUUUCGUGGUGUCUUGUCGUGUCCUUACUGUUCCCGUAAAAUCGGUCCUGUUCUUCGCAGACCCUGUGUUUCGCGUUGUCUAGACCUCCGUUUGGUUCCUUGUUUUUCCGUUUUCCCGUUUUUUCCGUUCCAUCUCCCCACACCCCUGUUCGGUCCGGUCGGUCGGUGCGUGUGCGUGCUCAUCCGUACGUGUGACGUUGGCGUUGGCGUUCGUGCUGACAUCAAAUUUCCAGGCCUUCUUCUAGGCGGUGGACAUAUACAAGGAUUAGCUUUGCUGUAGCAGGAGUCGUCAGCAGGAAUACGGACACGGACAAUCACAUCAGCAGCAGCAGCAGCACCAGAGGCCGGCUGAAGCAUUAGGUGUGCGCUGAGAGGAGCCGCUUAAUUAGGUGCUAGUGAAAAAAAGGAAGCCAAAAAGAGCUUCCAGCGUGUCUUUCUCGUCGUGAAUUACACUACCAAACGGAACAAUCACUCGAGAAGCGGACGUCGCCCGCGUUGCCAUCGACAGUAGUAGCAUAUCCACCAGAACCGCGAGCGUGCAGCAAACCAUGCAAAGAUGGAUCUGACUACAUUGGCAUUCGUCCUCAUUGUGGUGUUCUUUUCCUUUAUGUCGAUGCUCUUCAUCAGCCGCUUCCUACCGAAGGGCAAGUCCUUCGAGGAGAUGGUAAAGGAGAAGCGUGAGAUGCGCGAGCGCAUCCUUGGCCUAACGGCGACGGCAACCGGCACUAGUAGCAGCAGUAGCAAAUCGACCAAGGAGAGCACGAACAAGAAGACGAAGAAAACGCAUCCAGCAAAUCAGGGUGGGAAGGGUCGUGGGGCGAAGCAGCAACAACAGCAGCAACGCGUGGAAGUGGUUGAGCGCGAAAGUGAUGGCAAUUCGUCCGAGAGCCAGCUGGAAGAGGAAAUUAAUCCCCUGACGUACGGCGCAAAGAAGCGCACCGGACAAGCGACCAACUUGACGGUGGAAUACUCCGAGACGGAAGCAUUUUCGUUGAGCGAUAACUCCAGUGGCAAUAAGAAGAAGGACAACAAGCAGCAUCAGCAGCAGGGUGGAAAGAAGAACAAGCAGAAAUCUCCCGGUGGCAUACUGGUUAACAAAACCGAACCGGUGCUGGUGAAGCCGCUGGAUUCCGUCCCGGAGAUGAACCAUUUUGCUGAGAUUCAUCCUAAGGAUGCGCUGGAAAUUGCCCGUCAGCAGAAACAUGAAGAGGAAGCAAAGACUGGCAAACAACAGCCAAAGGAGCAGCGCCAUUCGGGCAAGCACAAGAAGGAACAUCAACCAAAAAUGUCUCCGAAAAACAGUACCGCCGAUGAUCAGCAGCAGCAACACGUUGCGGCCGUGGUUGAGGUGAAAAAGCAAACUACGUUUGGCGAAACUAAGGCCACCCCUGCCCCGGCGCAUAAGGACAAGUCGAGCAAGAAGAAGAAAAACGAGCUGCUCACGCAGGAACUGGCGGCCGAGGCGGCCGAUGCGACCAACGUGCACUCGCUGGUGAACAUCCUCAACAAGGCGGACCUGCCGCGUAACGAUAUACAGAUUCUGAUCGACUUCCUGCUGAACAAGCAGCAGGACACGCUGGCCAAGGAUCCGUCCGAGUGGAACGACCCGUCCGACCCGCUGCAGAAGCUGAAGAAGCAGCUGCAGGAAAAAGAGUUGGCGCUAGCCGAAGAGCAGAAGGCAGCCACCGGGCUGCAGGCAAAGCUGAAAGAGCUGCGCCAGGAGCUGAACGGGGAAAAGAUGCAGACCGGGGCCGCACUGAAGGCGUACGUCGAGGAGCUGAAUAACAAGAAACAGGAGGUGCACCAUCUCACACAGGAGCUGGUCAACGUCAAGGAAAAGACGGCCAGCGAGAAACACACGCUCUCACUGCAGUUCCAGCAGCUGCAGGCGAAGUACAUUCAGCUAUCGAAGGAGCACGCGGCCACGCAGGAUCAUGGGUCGACGAUCGCGCAACUCAACAACGAUCUGCAGCUGCUGCAGCAAGAGCUGAUGGCUAAGAGCCAGCUGCUCAAUGAAAAACUACAGUCCGAGGAGGAGCUGAUGAAGAAAAAGACUGAGUAUGAAAUUUUACUACACAACAGCGAAGAGCUCCUCAGACAACGGGUACAGAAACUGACUGCCUAUGAGAAUGAGUUGCACCAGCUGCGGCUAGAGUUGGGACAGAAGGAUGAGCUGAGCAAGACCUGCCAGCAGCAGAGCUACGAAAACGAGCAGCUGAAGGCGGAGCUGCAGGCGAAGCAGAAGCAGGCGGUAGCGGCUGCAUCGGCCGCGGCUGCCGCUGCCGUCGCCAACAGCCAGGCCGACGAAAGUAACCGGGUCGAGAUCCGCAACCUCCAGAAUGCCUUAGACUCCACCAAAUCGAAGCUCGAGGUCUACCGGACCGAGCUGGUUGAGUGCAAGAGCCUGCUAACCGACUACAAGCAGCAGGCGAACGAGUUGAAGGCGAGAGAGGAGCAGCUGCAAAAACAGCUCGACGAACAGCGGCAGAAGAAUGACAACUUGCGUACCAAAAACUGGAAGUUGGUAGAGGCAUUGCAAGAUGCCGAACGACGGAGGGGUGCAGUGACAGCAUCAACGGCGACAACGACGACGGCGGAGGCCGCAGCUUCUUCGAAGAACGUUGAACAGCAGCAGAAACUGCUAGCCAGCGCCGAGAAGCCGCCAGUGGACGUCGGUAAGAUCGUGCUGGAGGAGCAGAACCGAACGAAGGACCUGCUCGUGAAACUGCUGCAGCCGACCGGCGUCGUGCCGGUCCUGCCCGUCGACGCGACCGACUUCCAGAGCUGGCUCGAGGCAACUGUCGGGUGCAUCAAGGAGCGCCAGGAGCAGCUGCAGCAGCAAAAGCACCACAACAAUACCACCACCACCACCACCGCCGCAGGCAGUAACGGCAGUAGUAACACUAGUGGCAACGCCGCCGUCGCAAACAAUAGCAACAGCGACAGCAGCAGUAGGAGUAGUAGCAGCAAUAUAAUCGCAAAUAAUAAUCUUAAUACCAAUAAUAACACCGUUAAUAAUAGUUUACACGAGAAUAGUAAUGACGCGCACGAUGGCGAGGUGCUGGGGGGUGGUGGUGACGCAAACAAGAACGGUGCCGCCGAAAGUGGCUCCGAGGACGACCAGCAGGCAAUGGCGCUGCGCAACGAGCAGCUGCAGAAAACCGUAGACCAGUAUAAGACUAUCAUAGCCGACACAGAAAAUAUGCUGAAAAACCUCGAGGCGAAGGUGAUCGAGCAGGACAUUCACUGGCGUUCGGUGGUGCAAGCGAAGGAGAAGGAACUCACCCUGCUCAAGUCGGCCGGUGCUGUCGUGCAGUAAAAGCAUCCAACAACAUCAACAAUAACAACAAUUGAAAGGCCUGUCCCCUUCCUCCGGUCUGACUACAGAGUGGUGGCCAUCUCACGGUGCAAGCUCCUAUGGCCGUCGUAUCCGCACGUGCUUUUUUGUAAAUCGGACUGCACGGCCCAGAGGGCUAUUAUAUUAGAAAGCGAGUAUAAAGGAAAAAAGGAAAUAGAAAAGAUUAUGUAAUAGUGGAUCAUAGCGGAAUGAAAGUGUAACUGAACGGUUAUGAAAUCUGACACUAAUAUAUAUAAACGGAACAGGAAACAACCAAUUAAACUAAUCAGCAAAAAAAAUGCAAGGAGGAAAAUUGUGCAACACGCCGAAUAACGAACAGUCAAAAGGACGGAAGAAA